AUGCGGACAAUGCGCCUUGCGAAGUUGUUUUCGACGGACAAAUGUCAACAUUUAGAGCCACAGCUCGUCAUGAAAGGUGAUGAAGUACUCAUGAACUACGGAUCACAUCCCAAUGAUUACCUCUUGGUGGAAUAUGGCUUUUUCCUUGAUCGAAAUGAAAGCGACGCUGUUUAUUUGGAUGACAUCAUGUGCCAAGAUCUCUCAGUCGACGACAAGGAGGCUCUGCGCAGCCAUGGAUACUAUGGGUAA